GACACGAGGUGCAGCAGUGAGUGCUGGGCUCUCCCCGUGGCUGGCCGGGGCUCUGAGCAUGUCUGCGGGCACGGAGAUGGCCAGGCAUCUUCCCUGUCCCUCAGCUGGUUUUGAGCCUCCUGUAUCCACUCUCUGAUGCUGGAGCAACUGCUGAAGGAUGCAGCCGCAGGCGCCCAGGGCUGUCUCGCUAACAAGGAGCAGAUUCCUCAAAAGCCUGCGGAGGAGACGUAGGAUCUUCAAGCAAAUUCUGGCAGCUGGAUCCCGAUAGCAGAUAAACUCAUUUGACCACCAUGAGUUGGAGUUUUCUGACCCGCCUGUUAGAGGAGAUCCAGAACCACUCAACCUUUGUUGGCAAAAUCUGGCUGACAGUGUUGAUUGUGUUUCGGAUUGUCCUAAUUGCUGUGGGAGGAGAAUCCAUUUAUUAUGACGAACAAAGCAAGUUUGUGUGCAACACGGAGCAGCCUGGCUGCGAGAACGUCUGCUACGACUCCUUCGCCCCUCUCUCGCACGUCAGGUUCUGGGUGUUCCAGAUCAUUCUCGUGGCCACUCCCUCCGUGCUGUACUUAGGCUAUGCCAUCCAUAAAAUCGCCCGGAUGGUGGAGCACAGCGAAGCCAGCAGGAGAGCCAGGAGGAGGAGCUUGCCCAUCCGCUGGAAACAGCACCGGGGCUUGGAGGAAGCUGAAGAUGACCACGAGGAAGACCCAAUGAUGUACCCAGAGAUAGAGGUGGAGAGCGUCCGGGAGAGUAAAGAGAAGCAGAGCCCUGCCAAAGCCAAGCACGACGGCCGGCGGCAGAUCCGGGAGGACGGGCUCAUGAGGAUUUACGUCCUGCAGCUCCUGGCCAGGGCCCUGUUUGAGGUUGGCUUCCUGGUGGGGCAGUAUUUCCUGUACGGCUUCCAGGUGAGCCCCGUGUUCGUGUGCAGCAGGAAGCCCUGCCCGCACAACGUCGAUUGUUUCAUUUCCAGGCCAACCGAAAAGACCAUUUUCCUGCUGAUCAUGUACGGGGUGAGCUGCAUGUGUCUGCUCCUGAAUGUCUGGGAGAUGCUGCACCUGGGGUUUGGCACCAUCCGGGACACGUUGAAUGCCAAGAAGAAGGAGCUGGUUGACUCUGGGACCUUUAACUACCCCUUCACCUGGAACACGCCGUCGGCUCCCCCGGGCUACAACAUCGCGCUGAAGCCGGAGCAGAUGCAGUGCACGGAGCUGUCCAACGCCAAGAUGGCCUACAAGCAGAACAAAGCCAACAUAGCUCAGGAACAGCAGUAUGGCAGCAACGAAGGGAACAUUCCCGCCGACCUGGAGAUCCUGCAGAGGGAAAUCAAAGUGGCUCAGGACCGCCUGGACCUUGCCAUCCAGGCUUACAACAACCAAAACAACCCCAGCAGUUCCAGAGGGAAGAAAUCCAAAGCAGGCUCAAACAAAAGCAGUGCCAGCAGCAAGUCAGGAGAUGGGAAGAACUCGGUCUGGAUUUAACAUUGACUCAGUUGAUAUGCUGUGGUUUUUUCCCCCUAGUUUAUCAUAACCAGCAGUCCCAUUAAUAAUGGCUUCCAUUAAGGGAAUAUUUGACUCUGCUGAUUUUCAGGGAUACCGUUGGCUCGUGAUUCAGCCCCAGAAAGGGUUUAUACACUGACUCUAGGACUUUAGAACUUUGUUCUUUUGUCUUCCAAGUCAGGAGACAAAUAGGUAUAUUUAAUUCAUUCUCAUUGAACGGUUUAUGCUGUAUGUACAGUAUUAUAGUACAUUUAUUAUGCACAAUUUUUUUUGUAUUUGUACACUGGAUCUGAUGUUACACUUUUUAUAUCAACAAGGACAAAGCAAUGGAUAGCCAUUAGCAUUUUGUUAAUUUUAUUAUUGUUGUCUGCAGUUAUGUCAUUGUUCUUCCUUGUUUUCCAAGUAAAACUUUUUAUAAAACUUUUC